CAGUGAGAGCAAGAGCUAGCUCAGCUAGGUGGUGCUGGUGCCACCAAUGGAGACGUUAAUGGCGGCCGACGUGCCGCAGCAGAAGGCCGGUGGUGGCCUGGCGCGGAGGCUGUCGAGGCUGCUCCGCCGGAAGCGCUCCACGGCAGGCUCUGUCGCCGGUGGUGAGUACGACGAGUCGCUGGACAGCUCCGUCAACUCGCUGAGCAAGCUCAAGCUGUCCGCGGCGACGCUGGAUGUGCUGUUCAGGAAUGCGGCGGUGGAGAAGAAGGGUGGGGUGCCGCAGCCGGCUGCUGCUCCGGCUCCGGCUCCGGCGUUGGACGCCGCCAGCGCGCACGCGUUCGUGGCGAGUCUCUUCGCCGGCGCGUCGGCGGUGAAGGCGGCGUACGCGCAGCUGCAGCAGGCGCAGCAUCCGUACGACGCCGAGGCGAUACAGUCGGCCGACGCGGCGGUGGUGGCGGAGCUCACCAAGCUCUCCGACCACAAGCGGAGGUAUGCCAGGGAUCCCGUCGCCGCGGCCAGGAGCGCCGCGGCGGGGCCAGCCGUCCUCGCGGCGCACGCCGACGAGCAGCGACACCUCCUCCGGACCUACGAGAUUACGGCGGGUAAGCUGGGGAAGGAGCUCCGCGCGCGUGAGGCCGAGGCGGUGCGCGCCCAGGCCGCGCUCGCCGACGAGCUCCGCGCCGCGCGCUUGCUGGAGGAGCGCGUCCACCCGGGGCGCACGCUCGCCGCGCUCGACGGCCUGCACCUCUCCGGCCUCAACGCCACCCAUUUCCUCACCGCGAUGCGCCACGCCGUCAAGUCGGUCCGCUCGUUCGCCAAGUCGAUGCUCUGCGAGAUGCGGCGGGCGGGGUGGGAUCCCGCCGCCGCGGCGGCUGCCGUGCACCCGGGUGUCCCGCUGCGCCAACCCGGCGACGCCAAGUUCGCGCUCGAGUCGUUCGUCGCGCUCAAGAUGUUCGCCGGCUUCCACCGGAGGGACUUCGGGCUGAGCUCCCUGCACGGCCGGAGCGCCCACGACCGGCGCCGCUUCUUCGACGAGUUCGAGGAGCUCAAGGCGGCGCCCGCGGCGGCGUUCCUCGACGCGCGGAGCUCGCGGUGGAGCGCGCUCGCCGAGUUCUUGCGGGACAGGUACCCGUCCCUGGUGCACGAGCGGAUGGAGGCGGCGUUCUUCGGCGACACCUCGCAGCGCGGCGCCGUGACGAGCGCCGGGCCGGCGCUCCCGGGGACGCCGUGGUUCGCCGAGUUCGCCGAGAUGGCGCGCCGCGUCUGGCUGCUGCACUGCCUCUUCUUCGCGUUCGACGGCGGCGCGUCCAUCUUCCAGGCGCCCGCCGGCGCCCGGUUCUCCGAGGUGUACAUGGAGAGCGUCAGCGACGACGACGGCGGUGCAGCGGUGGCGCCGGCCGGUGACCGCGCCGCCGUCGGGUUCACGGUGGUGCCGGGGUUCAGAGUCGGCCGGACGGUGAUGCAAUGCCGCGUAUACCUCUCGCGCCCGGCGCAGCAACCAUGACAACAGCGGAGCUCACCGCCGGUGCCGUACGCCGCCGCCUUCCCGGCCGGAGUGUGUCUGUCACGUAUAUGUACGAUGUAUCUAUGUCUAUGUAUUUACUAUCCAGUAAGCAAUUAUGUACUGGUGUAGUAGUAAGUAAUACUAUGAGAAUAAUGAUAAUAUAAAUUCGCAUUUUGGU